GUCCAAAAGCGCUUACCUCUUUUCCCCUCCUCGAUUCCCGGACCCACAUUUAACGGCUCUCUUGCAGGCUCCUUAACAUCCCGCCCGUUGUACAAAAUUAUUUUGAAUUCCUUGAGGCUUCCUUUUUUUUGGGUCUCUCUUAGUCUCUCAUCCUCUCUCUCUCUCUCUCUCGUGAAAAAAAAAAAAUGGGUCUUUGUUUCAGCAGGAAGAAGAGCCCUUCCCCCCCUCCUGAUCCCGCAUCAAAAUGUAUCCCAAAUGAGAAGAAGGUGGAGAAGAAGAACGAGAAGGAAAGAGGGGUAGCAGCUCAGCCAGCGGCAAAAGCAGCCGCUGAGACGAAGCCGGUGUUUGUUGUCACUCAGAAGGGUAAGAAGAAAGGGGAGACACCCACAAAGAAGAUCCCACAAAAAGAAGAUGGCAGCAAUGGCAGGGAUCGGAGUCCUUUGGCGGUCGCCGUCCCACCGGCCGCCCCGGUGAGGACAUCGAGCUGCACGAAAGAGGAGAUGGAUGCUGCACUCAUCCAGUGCGGUCGCCUCAGCCAGAGCUCCUCAGAGAAGGCCUCUAAUGCGAACGGGGGUGGGCAUAGGAAGUGCUCGGGCUCGAAGCGGAGCUACGAUUUCGAUCACGAGAAGAAGGGGGAUGAGGAUUGGGAGAAGCCAAUCUCUAGGCCUUCUCCCCACCGAAGGACGCCUGGCAGAGAGCGGUCCGGGAUCAGGGAAAGGAGCAGCGGUGGGGGAAGGAGGAGGGCGAGCCGGUCUCCAGGGAGGAGAUCCGAAGUUCCUACUUCAUCUGGCUCUCCCAGUGAUAGAUCGAGGCAGCCUGCCAAGAUGGUGUCGGUCCCGGCGAGGGAGAAGGGUAGUGGGUCCUCUGCUGUGGCUGACAGGAGAGGUGGGGAACGGAGGAGUGCGUCCCCUCGGUCCCGCUCACCUGCAAAUACCACAAGGACGGGAAAUGAGAAUACCCUGCAUCACAAUCCUCAGCCUCAAUCUCUCGGCCGGAGCUCAUUGAGAAAGGCCGAGCAGUCGCCCUGCAGAAGGAGCCCGAUGGCCGAGAUAGAUGACAACUCCCUCAGGGGAGACCAGGCUGGAGGCAGCAACUACAAGGCCCAGAAAACCGAAGAAGGGGGGGAGGAAGGGUUGAGGAAGCUCAGCCAAUCACACACUCAGAAAGCGAGCGAAAACAUUGCCCAAAUGCGCAAAUUCGAGCAGAGAGACGGAGGAGCGGUGGCGGUUUCGAAUGGGCUUAGAAGCAAAAGCAAUGCCAUCAGCAACUCUGUUCGCGAGCAGCUAAUGAGCUGCCGAGCGAGGGAUGGGCCACUGGAAACCGCGAUGGUGGAGGGAGCUGUGCAGGUCGAAGGGGCUCCGACGGAUGGCGAGGCUCCUCUGACGAGCGUCGGGGCGGAGAGCCUGAACCCAAGAACCACAACAAGGUGUAGAUCUUUGAAGAGAUCUUCCAGAGAUUUCGACCAUGCUCCAGGUCCGAACCCAGAGUGUCACCUCGAUCCGACGUCCUGCACCUCCUUCCUGCUCGAAGAUAUCCACAACUACCACCAGCGGAGCGCUGCUUUUUCUCUCCCCGCUUGCGUCUCCAAGGCCUGCUCCAUCCUCGAGGCAGUGGCUGAUCUCAACUCCUCUUGUUCUGAGAACAGGAGCUCUCGACCAGAGCGGUCUGACAACAAUAACGGCGCGCUCCAUGGGCGAUUCGGAAGAAGAAGGGGUUUGGUUCCCAAGGGGCCAUUCAUUGAAGAAUCCGAGAUCAUCGCGAGGGAUGAUCUGAUGGAGCCCGGCCUCCACAAAUAUGUCUCGGUGCGAGACUUGGGAGGUGAGAUGGAGCCGCAAGAAUCAGCGGGGAGCAAUAGCUUCAUAGGACAGCCCUGGUCUUCUCCUUGGGAGCCCAAUUCAAUCGAUUCCACCGACCGCGAUUGGACCUCGCAUUCUAACAAUGGCGACGAAGUCGAACAGCAGCGGCAAGAGUCGAUGCCAGGGAUUGCCCUAGACUCUGAAGCUCGGGGCAGGAGACUGAGGGGAGGAUCUAGCAGCAGCAACAGCCUCCCAACGACAACAUCAUCGGGUUGCAAGGAGAGAGAUUCCGAUCAUCAUCGCCGGCGUCGCCGUGGUCGUAGCGGUUUUGGUGGUGGUGGUGGGAGUGGAAAAGCCGGUGGUACUCGGUCCUCGUCACUUCCUGGUAGCUCUUCUAGCAGCAAUAUCAUGUGGCGUUAGUGUCUGCAAAGCAAGACAGUUUGCUCUUCAAAGAAGUGAUUUUUUAUCCUAUACAUUGUUCAAGCCAUGUAUGUAUAUAUAUGUACACCCUUUUUAUUGUUCUUGUUGAUGCAGAACCGGUUGCUGAUCACUGCUGAUUGUGGAAGACGUCACAGUUGUGGAGAUGUUUUAGUCGUGGAUGAAGUUUGAGAUCAACCAUCUAAGUUCCGCUUCGUCUAGUCAAAAGUCCUUCUGAAUUCAAACUCUGUUUCGAACGAGUCAAGAGUUCGAAUUCAGAAGAACUUAUGACUAGAUGAAGCGAAAAUAAGAUGGUUGAUCCCAACUCUUCCUUAAUAGCAACUUCAUCCACGACUGAAACAUCUCCACAGCUGUGACGUCCUCCACGAUCAGCAGCGAUCAGCAACCCUACAUCACUUGUUGUGUCUAGUAUUCAAUAGAAAGCUCGAAUCAUUUUGUUCCAGUGU